AAAGCUGGGUGGGGCGCCCGGUUGCCCCCUCCCCGCUCCCCUGCGGCGGCUGGCGGACCUCGGGUGGGGACAGAGGCGGCGGGACGCCCGCGCCUGCGGCCGGCCCACAAUGGGGCCAGCGGGCCGCGGUGAGUAAGCGGCAGCCGGCCGGGCCGGGCCAGGCGGGGCGGCGGCUGCUCGGGCAGGUCGGGGCAGGGCUCGGCGGGCGGGUGCUGUAGGCUGCCCAGCCGGGACCCAGCGCGGAGCCCCGGCAAGGACACCCAGGCCGCAGCCCCGCCUCCGCCCCGCCCCGCGCCCAGCCGGUCUGGGCCCGGAGCUCGGAGCAACGCUCGGGCCGAGCCUCAGCGGCAGCCGGAAAUCGGUCCGCGCGGCGGCAGCCGACCCGGCACGAGCCGGGACCCGACGCUGGAGCCGGAGCCGGCCGGGCCCGCGCGGGUCAUGGCGGGACCACGGGGCACGCUCCUUGCCUGGUGCCGCCGCCAGUGCGAGGGCUACCGCGGCGUGGAGAUCCGCGACCUGAGCAGCUCCUUCCGGGAUGGCCUGGCCUUCUGCGCCAUCCUGCACCGGCACCGGCCCGACCUGCUAGAUUUUGAUUCGCUUUCCAAGGACAAUAUCUUCGAGAAUAACCGUUUGGCCUUUGAAGUGGCCAAGAAGGAGCUGGGGAUCCCUGCUCUCCUGGACCCCAAUGACAUGGUCUCCAUGAGUGUGCCCGACUGCCUCAGCAUCAUGACCUAUCUGUCCCAGUAUUAUAACCACUUCGCCAGUCCCAGCCAAGCCGGUGUCUCACCACCCACGAAGGACCCAGCGCCCUGCUCUCCUCCAUCUGUAGCACCCACGCCAGCGGAACCAGGCGACGGGGCUCAGGGCAAGAAGCUCUCCUCGGGUAGCCUGUCAGAGCAGGGUGCUCACCAGGCCCCCAGCAGUAUCUGUGCAGCCUGCAGGCAGCAUGUGCACCUGGUGCAGCGGUACCUGGCCGAGGGCAGGCUGUACCACCGGCACUGCUUCCGGUGUCAGCAGUGCUCCAGCACCCUGGUUCCUGGGGCUUACAGGAGUGGGCCUGAGGAGGGCACCUUUGUGUGUGCAGAACACUGUGCCAGGCUGGGCCCAGGGACAAGGUCAGGAGCCAGGUUAGGGCCCCUCUCACAGCCAAAGCAGCAGCACCAGCAGCAACUUGCAGAAACAGCCAAAGAUGUCCUAGGAGGCAGCCCUAGCCCCAGUGUGGCUGCAGGGGCUGAGGAAGAUGGACCCAAAGGCAGCCCUGAGGCCCGGCCCCAGAUCCCCACGAAGCCCCAGGUUCCUGGCAAACCACCGGAGCUAGCCAGCCCCCCGGCCGGCCGACCCACACCUGCCCCCAGGAAGGCCAUUGAGAGUACAGCCCCAACGCCCCCCACGCCCCGGCCCCGCUCCAGUCUACAGCAAGAGAACCUGGGGGAGCAGGCUGGCAGCAGCGGCCUGGUGAAUGGAAGACUACAUGAACCGCCUGUCCCCAAGCCGAGAGGGACACCCAAGCUGUCUGAGGGGACACCAGCUCCCAGAAAGGACCCCCCAUGGAUCACACUGGUGCAGGCAGAGCCAAAGAAGAAGCCAGCCCCACUUCCCCCCAGCAGCAGCCCUGGGCCGCCUGGAGGGGACAGCAGCUGGGUGGAGAAUGGAGGUGUGGCAGAGGGGGCCCAGCCGAGCCCAGCGGCCAGUCUGGAGUCCAAGUCCUAUAACCCCUUUGAUGAUGAUGAUGAGGAGGAGUCCCCAGCUGCACCCAGCUUGGCUAUCAGCCCUGCCCCGGCCCACCCGGAGUCCACACCCAAGUCCCUGCACCCCUGGUACGGCAUCACCCCCACUAGCAGCCCCAAGGCAAAGAAGCGCCCUGCGCCCCGUGUGCCCAACACCUCUCCACUUGCUCUGCACGCCUCCCGCCUCUCUCACUCGGAGCCACCCUCGGCCACACCAUCACCAGCCUUAAGUGUGGAGAGCCUGUCAUCGGAGAGCUCCAGCCAGAUUGCUAGUGGGAAGCUUCUGGAGCCGCCAGCUGUGCCCAAGAGCUCCUCAGAACCUGCUGUCCAUGCCCCUGGCACCCCUGGAAACUCUGCCAGCCUCUCUGCCAACUCCUCCCUGUCCUCCUCUGGGGAAGUGGUACAACCCAGCGUGGUGCAGACACCUCAGGCCAGCCCUGGCCUUGCCCCCAGGGCCAGUCCAGGUCCCCAGCCGGCCAAGCCCUGCAGUAGUGCCACCCCAACCCCGCUCUUGUUGGUUGGAGACAAGUGCCCUGCAUCUCCCCCUGGAAGUUCAUCUCCACAGUUGCAGCUGAAGUCUUCUUGCAAGGAGAAUCCUUUUAACCGGAAGCCAUCACCUGCAGCAUCCCCAACCACAAAGAAGGCCACCAAGGGAUCCAAGCCAGUGCGGCCACCUGCCCCAGGACAUGGAUUUCCACUCAUCAAACGCAAGGUCCAGGCUGACCAGUACAUCCCGGAGGAGGACAUCCAUGGAGAGGUGGACACGAUUGAGCGCCAGCUGGAUGCCUUGGAGCACCGUGGGGUCCUGUUGGAAGAGAAGCUGAGGGGUGGCGUGAAUGAGGGCGGUGAGGAUGACAUGCUGGUGGACUGGUUCAAGCUCAUCCACGAGAAGCACCUACUGGUGCGGCGGGAGUCCGAGCUCAUCUAUGUCUUCAAGCAGCAGAACCUGGAGCAGCGCCAGGCUGACGUCGAGUAUGAGCUUCGGUGCCUGCUCAACAAGCCAGAAAAGGACUGGACAGAGGAGGACCGUGGCCGGGAGAAGGUGCUGAUGCAGGAGAUUGUGACCCUCAUUGAGCAGCGCAACGCUAUCAUCAACUGCCUGGACGAGGACCGGCAGAGGGAAGAAGAGGAAGAUAAGAUGUUGGAAGCCAUGAUCAGGAAGAAAGAGUUCCAGAAGGAGGCUGAAUCUGAAGGCAAGAAGAAGGGGAAGUUCAAGACCAUGAAGAUGCUGAAACUGCUAGGAAACAAGCGUGAUACCAAAAGCAAGUCCCCCGGGGAUAAGAGCUAACAGCGAGGGAAGCCAGCCAGGGACUGCCCCUGCCUGCUCCUGGACCAGCCCCUGGGCCAGCUCCUGGGCCAUGCUCCCUGGAGGGGUUCACCUGCCUCUCUCAGAUCAGUGAAGAGGAAAGAUGACUUCAGGGGAAGGCGCCUCUGGAUGAUGGCCUCUUCCUCCAGCUAGGCUGGGCCAAAGAAUCCUCUUCCUUUCUCUGAGGCCCAGGCAGCUGUGACUCAGCCCUGCCUUGUCUGAUUCUGAUGACUUUAGAUGCUGUGACUGACCCAAGGGGCAAACAGCGGCCCAUGGUCCAGGGCACGGAAGCUGCUUGGGCCAUCUUCCCUCUGUACCACAUCCAGAUGGGAUUCUUAGCUCUUGGAGUUCUGCCCACAGGGACCUCUGGCCUGGGUCUCCCAUCUCCAGUAAGCAGGGCCUGGCUACACUGGCUUCUUCCUACUCCAGCCCUGGCUCUGAGUCUCUGUCUUCCUGUCUGUAGGGGUGUCCCUAAAUCCCAGGCUCUGCUCACUCCAGAGCUCUGUUAAUGAAGUGUCUAAGUUUGGGCUCACUACUGAGUGGUCUGUGCUGUCAGACACAAAUGGGCCUCUAGGGCAAAUCCCUGCCCCCACUUCCUCCGAGUUCUGGGGGGCUGCCCUUAUCUCCCCUCGUUCCAUGGGGAACCUCACCUUCUAGAGCUGCCAUGGCCAUGCUGGGGCAGGUGGUUACCUGUGUAACACCCUCCAGUACUCAUUCCCCUGGAAGGGCCUCUGGGGGGCAGGCCCCAGAAGCAGUUCUGGUUCCUGAUCAGCAGCCGGGGGAGGGUGCUAAUCCUGAUUCUUUAACUCAUAGUUUGACCUCUAAUUGAAGCUUCCUCCAGCAUCCCAAGUGCAGGGGCCUGUGCCCACUGGUGGUCAUCAUAGUCUGUCUCCUCUCCCUGAUGCACCCCCACUGAGUACUGAUGGCCACUUGCCCUAUACGGAUGGCUGUAGGAGAGGGGAUAUGAUGGGGACUUCCCCCCCACCGCAGGGGAAGGUCCCUGCAGCUCUUUGUCAAAGCAUUGUUGCUAUAAGCUAUUUCUGGGAUGCCCCCAGGCCUCCUCCCUGAAGACACCUCUGGGAAAAGAUCACACUGUAUUAACUUGUGAGGAUUUUCCUCACCAACAAUAAACAGUGACAACCUCA